AUGGCUGUCAAGCGCAAAAUGGACUUUGACGAUGGGGCCAUCGACAUGCGCAUGAAUGCGAAGCAGCCGAAGCUUGUCCCCUUCCCUAAUACUGAGCUCGACACCGACGUAGCUAUGUCGGACGCUUCAGUCUACCACCUUGAGCCUCUCUUCAUCCCUAUCCAGCCAUUCCAUACGCGUUUCCCCUCUAACGCCAGCUCAUCAUCAUCGAGUCCGUCAGACUCUGCUCGCAACUCUCCCAUGUACCCGAGAUUCGAUCUCUACCCCCACGGAGACCUGGGCUACCUUGGCUCCCAAAACCCAUUUGAUGUCGCCAUGGACGAAGCACCUCGACCAGUCGGCCUUAUACAGCCGAAGAGCGCCUCUUUCACACACCAUGGUCAAAACUGUUCGCAGAUUCCGAAACUCCGUGUCGCGUGUUCGCCUGGACUGAACGGACAAAGAACUAUGUGGGCUCACUGUGAACAAUGCGGCGCAAUCGAGAUGGUUCAAACCGACUAA